UACACGAAACCUAAAAGACAUUUGAGCUGCAUUUGAAAUAAAGCCUCGUUGUGUCACGGUUUUAAAGUUAACGCUGAAAUUGUUCUGCGGAGCUAAUGCUAAAGCUAAUGCUCCUUCAGCCGCUGGGACAGUGGAGGGUUCGUGUCGUAACCAAUUUCUCAUCAUGUUGAGGUGACGCCAUCAGCUUUCCAAAAUGUUGCUUCUCCAGCGUCGUCUCUGGGCUGGUUUGUCCCCAGUUAGACCUCAUUUCUCCUGCCUUGUUAGUGCCGGGAUCCACUCUUUCUCCAAAUUAACUGAAGAUGGAAUUCUGAUUUUCCAGUCCAAAUCCACAGACAUCCACCAGAACUUGGCUCUGGAAGACUGGAUCGAGACUAACGUGGAUUUAACCGACCGCCGCCUGUUUCUGUUAUGGAGGAGUCGCGCGGCCGUCGUGAUCGGUCGACACCAGAACCCGUGGUCGGAGUGUGACCUGGGCGCCAUGUGGAGAGCCGGCGUCCCGUUGGCUCGUCGGCGCAGCGGGGGCGGGACCGUUUAUCACGACAUGGGGAAUUUGAACUUGACGUUUUUCAGCUGCAGAAAACUCUACGACCGUCAGAGGAACUUGAGGGUGGUGACGGAGGCGCUGAGGAAAGCCAGGCCAGAGCUGGACGUCAAAGCUACAGAAAGACUAGAUAUAGUUCUCAACGGAAAAUAUAAGAUCUCAGGUAGUGCAUCGCGGUUGAGUCGUAAAGCGUCCUAUCACCACUGCACGCUGCUUCACUCGGCCGACGGCUCCGCCCUUCGCUCCGUGCUCCGCCCCUCCACGCCCGGUAUCCACAGCAACGCCACGCCCAGUGUCGUCUCCUCGGUAACCAACCUGACAGACCACGCCCCUUCCUUGACAUGGGCAGAGCUAACGCAGGCUCUGGUUCAACAGUUCAACACAGAGUUUGGCCUCUCGUCUCCUCUGGCUCUCUUGGAUCCUUCUGACGAAUCCGUGUUUCCCGGAAUCGGUCGUGUGGCAUCAGAGCUCCGCAGCUGGGACUGGACUUUCGGCAAAACCCCCAAAUUCUCCAUCGAAACCGAACUUUCCCUGGUUGACAACUUGACACUUGAACGCACCACGGCUCAGCUUCACGUCGAACUUAAAAACGGUUUAAUUUCCAGUAUCGCCGUAACUGUUCCCGACCACUGGCUCCCGCGAAGAGUUAUAGAUGAACUUUGUGACGUUUUGACGGGAGAGAGGUUUUGCCCACAUCGAGCGGCCGCUGCAAUUUCAACGCUAAUAAAAUCUGAACAAGACGAAACGCAAAGAAGACUGCACAACCUGAGCAACACUGUCAUCAGUAUUAUGGGUUAGAUUUAUAGAACGGUGAUGGAAAAGAGUGAAUAUUUUUGCCUUAAAUUUAUUGUAAAAACCAGCGUAUUUAUCUGUCUGUGCUUUUCAGAAUAAUGAUGAUAUACAGUUAAAAACUAAAUAUUUUUAUCUUGUCAGUGGUCUCAAAAAGUCCUCAAAAUGGCACCUAUAAACUUAAAAUUUAAAGCACAGAUAGUGACCAGGUUACAGUACAACAAUGUGUUUUAUUAGUUAUUUUAAAAAUGUCAAAUAUUUAUGUUAAGUUGUUUUUAUUAUAAUUACCGGGAAAACCAGCAGCACUGAUUAUACUGUUUACUUUUUACUUUGUGAGAUUGAGUAAAACUGGAAUGAUGUGAUGUAAUAAUUUUUUACAUUAAUACUGUGGUAAUUACACUACUGUUUUAUUAUUCCUCAUCACCAAAUCCGCAAAAUAAAA